CGGAUUUAAAGGGGGGCGAAGUGGGCGGCUGCCCACGGGCCCCCACAUACUGAGGGCCCCCACAUACGCUUUACCAUCAACCAUGUACGUGUACCUACAAUUAUUUUAUUACAGCAAACCAAGUAGUUAAUGCUUUUUAUAACUCUCCAUAAGUCCAUACUCAACUAAUGAACUAAAUGAGAGAAGUAAUAGGAAAUUUGCAAUGUAUGCUUAGGUUUAUAAAAUAAAUUGUUAAUUUUGUAAAUGUAGACACAUCGGGAUCGGAAAAUAAGAUGACAAACAAAACUACAAUAAUAAAGAAAGCCCGAAGCCGCUCCUGCCGCUCGGCGCCUCCACCUUCGGCCUUCCCCUUCCGCUACUUACUUACUUGGCUUGGUGUUGGUGUAAUAUGAUAUUUGUUUAGUCUAGUCGUGUGUCGUGUCAGUAUCAAAGUCUCAAGUCUGCACUCUGCAGUGGUCAGUGCCACUUUAACUUUACUUGAUAGAUAUUAGAAUUCGAUAUAAAUUAAAAUUGUGUAGGUGUACUAGUGUAGUCGUGAAUUUGCUUGAUGUAAACACUAAACAGUUACACACGUAGUCACGUACACGUUCCAAAUCGGCAAAUAUCCUAUCAUUUAUCAUCUUACCAUUCAAUAAAAAACGGAUUUUACACGCUUUUGAGUUUUGUUGGGCAAAAUGGAACAAGGCGAUCGCCACAAAGGAAAACGGACAUACAAAAGCGGCGCGGAAAAACGUAAGCUAGCCGAAAUAAAAGAAAAAAGCAAAGCAGAUUUGAUUGCCAAGAUACCUCGGAUUACAAAUUUCUUACGUUUAUCACAUCCUAGUACAUCUCAGCAGCAUCAGCAUAUCCAAGAACAUGAGAAUAGUGAACUCAUUACAUCGCAAAUGAAGCCAGAUGAAGAGAUUGAAUUAAUUGAAAAGGGUAAGGGAAAUGUAGAAAUAGAACAAUUGCAACCACCUUCUGUUCUAAAUGUGAGCGUAGAUGACGAUGACGACAGUGUGAGAAAUGAAAUUAUAUGUAAUGAAUAUGUAAAUGACAUUGGUUUAUGGCCAACAAACGUAUCACAUUUGAUCGAUUACUGGUCGAAGGUAGGAACUUCUGCUCUCCAAAAUUGUAAUGAUGAAAUAUUCAAAGAAAAAUCAUUUAAACAAAUCGUGGGGUCGGGUGCGAAUGUGAAUGCAAGACGUUGUCAACUGAGCAUGUUUAAACGAAGAAGCCAUAACGGUGAAAUGAUUGAACGUUCUUGGUUGUGUUUUUCGCCAUCCAAUGGGCGAGUAUACUGCUUUGCAUGUAAAUUGUUGUCUUCGGCAGAUACUCAGUUUAGCCGCGAUGGAUAUUGCGAUUGGAAACAUGCUAGUAGUAGGCUAGUGGCGCACGAAAUAUCUAAACCACACCUAAAUGCUACUAUAGCACUAGUGCAGCGUUCUAAAGAGAUGGGUCGUAUUGAUGCUGAACUUGCAAGGGAAGCAAAUAACAUUAAAAACUAUUGGCAAAAUUUGUUGAAGAGACUUGUUAGUGUUAUCAAGUUUAUCUGUGAACGUGGACUAGCGCUUCGUGGUGAUAACGAAUUGAUUGGUUCGCGCAAUAACGGAAAUUAUCUAGGAUUGGUAGAGCUAAUAGCACAAUAUGAUGACUUUCUUCAACAACAUCUUAAAACCCAUGCAAAUCGUGGGAGUGGUCAUACCAAUUAUCUUUCGUCAACUAUUUGUGAGGAAGUAGUCCAACUCAUGGGAAAAAGUGUUCUUGAUGAAAUAAUUUUCCGAAUUAAAAAAUCAAAAUAUUACUCUAUUUCACUGGACUCUACACCGGACGAAGGCCACGUCGACCAACUGACCGUAACAUUUCGUUAUAUAGAAGGAUGCACACCCGUCGAAAGGUUUUUGUAUUUUAUGCCAAACCAAGGUCAUAAAGCACAAGACAUGUUUGAUGGUUUAAUGCAAUUUUUAAAUACUCAUGGUCUUGAUAUAAGAAACUGCCGAGGACAGUCAUAUGACAAUGCGUCAUCUAUGAGUGGAAAAUACAACGGUCUCCAGGCAAAAGUUAUGCAAGAAAACAAAUUAGCUACUUGGGUCCCUUGUGCAGCCCAUUCUUUGAAUUUGGUUGCAAAGGCCGCCGCUGAAUGUUGUCCUGCUGCUGUAGGAUUUUUUGAUUUUUUAGAAGAGCUGUAUGUUUUCUUUACUGGUUCAACUCACAGAUACAACAUUCUUGUCGAUUCUUUGAAAUCAGUAUCGGAUGGUUUUGGUGAGAAAACCGAAUCGCGUCAUUCUCGAAUAAUUAUACCUAAACGUGUAACUACCACUCGAUGGGCGUGCAGAUCUGAUGCAUGCGAAGCUUUAGUUAAAGGUUACGAUCAGAUUAAAAACGCUUUAACACAAAUUACGGAUGAUGCAGAACUGACGCCUAAGAGCCGCUGUGAUGCAAAUGGAUUAUUCAAUCGAAUGUGUAUGUUAGAAACGGGAAUAUAUGCAGUAUUUUGGUGUGAAAUAUUAGACCGAACCAAUGCUACUAGCCAACUACUUCAGCAAUCUAAGCUCGAUCUUAACUCUGCCGUAGCUGCCUUAAAGUCUUUAAAACAGUAUGUUUCUAUGAUGCGAGACAAAUUUUCUACAUAUGAAGUUCUUGGUGCGGAGAAAUCCGGUACAGCAGAUUAUGGCCAUCACAGACAACGAAAACGCAACGUGCGCCUAAUUCCAUUAGAUUACGGACUAACACCUGAAGUUGAACUUUCGCCUUCCGAGAAAUUCAAAAUUGAAAACUACAUCCCCGUUAUAGAUCAAUUUACAUCUGGUUUAACUCAAAGGCUCACUGCGUAUGAAACAAUUUGUUCUCGAUUUGCUUUUCUACGCCACAUAGAAGAUCUAAGCCGAGAGGACCUAGAAAAUAAUGCAACAAAUCUUGUGAAUACUUACAGUGACGAUCUGGAAGGGAAUUUAGGUAUUGAAUUAGUGCAAUUUGCAGAAUUUUUUAAAAACUUUAAAGACGACACCAGUGUUAAGUGCAAACCUGACUCCGAACUUAGCAACGAACACUUGAUGUAUAAAAUAUUAAUAGAAAAUGACUUGAAGGUAGCUUUUCCAAAUGUAGAGAUAGCUUUGCGAAUAUAUCUUGUACUGAUGGUCACCAACUGUACAGGAGAAAGGUCAUUUUCAGAUCUUAAAAUUAUAAAAAACAGACUUCGUACUUCAAUGACUCAAGAACGUUUAAAUAGCCUAGCAAUAAUGAGUAUGGAAUAUGACAUAUUAAGAGGUUUAAAAUUCGAUGAUGUGCUUGCAUCAUUUGCAUUGCAAAAAUCUCGAAAGGUGCCUGGUCUAAUAUAGUUUUAAAUAAAAAUUCGUUUAAGAAAUAAGAUGUGCCUAUUUAUUUACAAAAAAUGAGCAUAAUCAUAAUUUACUUUACUAAUUGCAUUUAAAGAAAUAGUAAAUAAAAUGGAAAAAGGGGGCCCCACAGUAUAUCCGCCCACGGGCCCCACCGUUAUAAAUCCG